UAAUUCAGUCCCUACAUCCAAGGCCUAUAUAUAUAUAUAUAUGGACAUAUAUAUAUGUAUAAUAAGCUACGAUAAAACUCAUAAAGAAAGGAAAAAUAGAAAGAGAGCAGAGAAUACAAUGGAGAAUGUUGAAAUGAGUAGAAGAGAUGUGAUUGUAUUCAGAGGAAUAUGGUACUUGAUGACUCUACUCUCACUCAUUGGCCUCUCCAUAUCACUCAAUCUUCUCUGGCCACCUGGAGGAAAGUCACCAACAUUGUCUCGGUUCCUCAGGGACGGCGCUGUAAGUGCCACAACAUUCUAUGCAGUGACGGCACUCAGGUAUCUCUUAUUCACCGAUCCUCCUUCCACUAAUGGUUUCAAGGAUUUUACUACAGAGAAAGAGAGGGUUCCUCAGCUUGUCUUUGCGGAGCUUGCGUUAUUGGCGUUAGUGGCAUCUCCGCUAUUCUAUUCGGAUCAUGACGUAUCGUUUGUGUUGUACAUGUCGUUAUUCACCAUAUCGUUGUUCAUCGGUGGGACAGGUCUGAUUCAGCUAUCAGAUAAAUUUAGGAUGGAGAUGAAACAUGCUUAUAUCACGCUUCUCUGCGGUUUGCUGUGUUGGCUUUUUGGCAUUUAUUUUUCUAUUUACGGCGAACACAAUCCGGUAGUGACUAUGAUUCUUCUCGUAGUUUAUUCUCUGUUUGUCGUGUUUAUCUAUAUUUAUAAUAGAUACAACAGGGAGGAAUUCCCUAUGAAUUCCAGGGUUUCCCCUCUUCCUGCUUAAUUCUCUUGCUCAGGAGAUAAAUGUUUCUUUAUUGACUUGGUAUGACUAUAUAG